UCCACCACCAAAAUCCUCAAUCGACCACCACAUGCAGUCGUAUAUGAGGAGCACACAAACUCCACUCCAGUCUCAAGACGCCCGUAGAUCGCUUUUACUUUCUGUUUUACGUGCAGCGGUGAACUCCCAGCCCGCGAUGCCUCUGUUUAUGUAGGCUUGUGUUGAUAUGUUAAUAACGCGCUCGGAUUUAUGCUGAUUAAAAGACGUGACUGAUUUAUUUAUGGUCGCUGCUUAGAAGAAAGUAGGUGUUUUGCAUCGCGGAGGCGCUGAAUUUGAGCUGUUUCCCAUCAGUAUUGGGGUUUGUGAUCGAGCAGGAGGGAGGAGUGGCGGAGAAACGGCUGGCUCCUGAGUUCUGAAUCCUGCCUAAAACCCACAAAGAUGAUAUAUCUGCCAGUGUUAUCCAUGACCUCAGAUUUACAGCAUUACAGUUUCAGGAUGCCGAAUAUCGGGUUCCAAAACCUUCCUCUCAAUAUCUACAUUGUCGUCUUUGGGACGGCUAUAUUCGUCUUCAUCCUCAGCUUACUCUUCUGCUGCUACCUAAUUCGGUUACGGCACCAGGCACACAAAGAGCUCUAUGCAUACAAACAGGUUAUUCAAAAGGAAAAGGUGAAAGAACUAAACUUACAUGAGAUUUGUGCGGUGUGUUUGGAAGAAUUUAAGCAGAAAGAUGAGCUGGGAAUCUGCCCGUGUAAACAUGCCUUUCACAGAAAGUGAGUAC